GGCGUGGGACUGAGUGACAGAGUUGUUGGUGAAGAAGAGGGAGAGCAGUGGAGGCUGGAACAGAGCAGGGGGUGUGUGUGUGUUUGUGGGGGCUAAACAAGAGCACAACACGGCGUGAAUGAGAGAGGCAAGCUGGCGGAAUUCAACAUGGCAUCCGGAGAUACGCUGUACAUUGAGACAGACGGCUCGGAGAUGCCGGCCGAGAUCGUGGAGCUUCACGAAAUAGAAGUGGAAACCAUCCCGGUGGAGACGAUAGAGACCACGGUGGUCGGCGGGGACGACGACGAUGAAGAUGACGACGAAGACGGGCAGCCCAUGAUUGCGCUUCAGCCUUUGGUUACGGACGACCCCAGCUCGAUUCACCACCACCACCAGGAGGUGAUACUUGUCCAGACCCGGGAGGAGGUAGUCGGCGGGGAUGACUCGGACCUGCACACGGACGGCGGUGGCGGGGAGUUCGAGGACCAGAUCCUCAUCCCGGUACCGGCUCCCGGUGUGGAGGACGAAUACAUUGAACAGACUUUAGUGACUGUGGCCGGGAAGAGCUCUAUGGGUCGGAUGAAGCGAGCCGGCGGCUCCGGGGGGAAGAAAGCGGGUAAAAAGAGCUAUUUAAGCGGCGCCGAGGCCGGUGGAAGGAAAUGGGAACAGAAGCAGGUGCAAAUAAAGACUCUCGAAGGGGAAUUUUCGGUCACUAUGUGGGCGUCGGAUAACUCUAAAGACAUCGACCAUGAGUCUGUGGUGGAGGAGCAGAUCGUCGGGGAGAAUUCUCCACCGGACUACUCCGAGUACAUGACGGGAAAGAAGCUGCCCCCUGGUGGAAUCCCGGGAAUCGACCUCUCAGACCCAAAACAGCUGGCUGAGUUCGCCAGAAUGAAACCCAGGAAAGUCAAAGAGGAUGAUGCUCCACGGACGAUAGCGUGCCCUCAUAAAGGCUGCACAAAGAUGUUCAGGGAUAACUCAGCCAUGAGGAAGCAUCUCCACACUCACGGGCCGCGUGUGCACGUCUGCGCAGAGUGCGGCAAGGCCUUCGUGGAGAGCUCGAAACUCAAACGUCAUCAACUUGUUCACACAGGAGAAAAACCCUUCCAGUGCACCUUCGAAGGCUGCGGUAAAAGGUUUUCUCUGGACUUCAACCUGCGCACGCACGUGCGGAUCCACACUGGAGACCGACCCUAUGUCUGCCCGUUUGACGGCUGCAAUAAGAAAUUCGCUCAGUCAACCAACCUCAAGUCUCAUAUUCUCACACACGCCAAAGCCAAAAACAACCAAUGAGAAGCACCAGCCUCAAGACACACCAAGAAGGAAAAAAAAACAAACUUUGGAAAGACUUAUUUUGAUUUCUUAUAAUAAUCAGAUCGAUGAAGACUUUAAAAACACUGCGAAUCAGCUUGUUUGCCUGCGUCCCCUUUAUUUUGCUGUCGUUUUUGGAAGAGGAUCGACUUCGCCGGCGCCGACUCGUGUCCCUGCAGCUGCCGACAGACGGAUGAACACCAGAGACUUAUUUUUACCAGAGUGAGCAGAGAAGCAGCAGUCUAUUAGUAUUUUAUUUUGUGGCAUAGAUUUUAUUUUUCCUCAAGUGUGCAUAUUGUACACUUGCCUCUGGGUAACAUUGUGAGUUUAUUUUUCCCCAUCAAACCUACCUACGAUAGCAAAGGCUCCAGCCUUGUGUGACAUGUUUGUUUCACAUGCCGUGGUUAAAAACGGCUGUAUGUUUGCAUUUCCACUCUUGGUUGUAUUUUUCUCUAACCUCACAAUAACCUUGUAUACUUGUAUCGUAUGGCUGUAAUGAAACUUGUAGACAUAGCGGUGUGAUUUACAGUGUUAACCAGUUAAACCCUUAGUUCUGAGUUGCUCUUUACUUUAAACUGUUGUUACACAAUAAAAAUGAGUGACAUCCAGUUGCUUUGCUUGUCUAGGCAAGCGUUGAGUUAAAUGAUGUUCACACCCGUGUAUCUCAACUGCCCACAAUAAAAUUGCUCAUUCCAACCCUGUAGAUUUAUAA